UUUGAUAAAUACAAUCGGCAAACGCGCGGGGUUUGCAGUUACUUCUUCCUUCUUCUUCUGCUUCUUCUUCUUCUUCAGCUUUCUUGAUUUCCUCUUUUCAACUAAAUCUCUAAACUGAAACAACACUCGGCUCUCUACUCUUCCCUCUUCACCAUCUUUUUGUUCCUUCAUAGACAUGACGCACCUAUAAUAUGAGAGGGACAAUAUGUGAAACUAAAGCUUCUUCAAAGAGGAGUAGUAGCAGUAGCAGUAGUAGCCCACCAGGUGUUAAUACCUUUGGCCGGAAAUGGGGAAGAAAGGAGGCGGUUGGUUUUCAUCUGUGAAGAAAGUUUUCAAGUCUUCUCCUGUUAAGGAAUUACCAGAAAGAAAGAAGGACAAUACAGAAAAAUGGCAACUUCAGGCCCCGGAGGAAGUGACGUUUGAACAUUUUCCAGCGGAGAGUUCUCCAGAUGUGACUAAUAAUGAAGAGAGCAGUACUACAUCAACUCCAUUGUCGGUUGAAGAUAGAAACCAUGCCAUUGCAGUUGCAAUGGCAACUGCUGCUGCGGCUGAAGCUGCUGUUGCUGCUGCACAAGCUGCUGCUAAAGUUGUCCGACUGGCUGGCUAUGGCCGUCACUCGAGAGAAGAAAGAGCUGCUACCCUUAUACAAUCAUACUACAGGGGUUACCUUGCUCGACGUGCCUUGCGUGCAUUGAAGGGACUAGUGAGGCUGCAAGCCCUGGUGAGAGGUCAUAAUGUACGCAAGCAAGCACAGAUGACUAUGAGGUGCAUGCAGGCACUUGUACGCGUACAGGCAAGAGUGAGAGCCCGGAGACUUCAACUAGCUCACAGAAAACUCCAAAAGAAGGUUGAGGAGGAAGAAGAGGAAGAAGAAGAAGAAGGACGAAGGAGAUCAGUGGAUGAAAGAUUCAAUCCAAAUAGCCCAUUGACGGGUUAUGGAUCAACUGAAGGAUGGGAUAACAGACAUCAAAGUAUUUCAGCAAGAAUCAAGGAAGAUUCUUCAAGGAAACAUGAUGCUGUCAUGAAGAGGGAGAGAGCCCUUGCUUAUGCUUAUGCCUACCAGCAGCAACAACACCACCAUCAGCAACCCUUGCAAUCCGAUCCAAAUGGUAAAGAGAUGGGAUUCUACGAGAACGAAAGGGAGAAGGCGCAGUGGGGCUGGAAUUGGCUGGAGAGGUGGAUGUCAUCGCAGCCAUAUCAUGCACGUCAUUUGGGGCCAAAUGAAGCUUCUUAUAUGACAUUGACAACCACUACAACCACCACCGAUGACAUGUCAGAGAAGACGGUGGAGAUGGACGUGGUCACACCACCAGGCAUCAUUAGUAACAUCAACAAUGGUCUACUGGACACACCUCCAUACCUAACUAAGCAUCAAAGACAAUCAAGCUUAAACAACUAUGUCCCCAGUUACAUGGCCUCAACUCAAUCAGCCAAAGCAAAGGUACGUAGCAGUCAGGGCACAGUCAAGCAGCCGCAGCCGCAGCGUAGCCCAUAUGUUCAGUGGAACUCAUCCACAAGGAAAGGAUCAGUUGCUGGCUCAGGCUGUGACUCCUCAAGUUCAGGUGGAGGAACAGCUCCUUUCCAGGCACCAAGGAGUCGCCCCAAGAAUAAUGGGAGGCGCCUCCAGUUUUGAUGGGUAUAUAUAGAGCCCAUAUUCCAAUACGUCGAUGAUGAUUGGAAGUUGCCUCUCCUUGAUUGUCAUGGUUGGAGGCAUGAUUUUAGUUAAUGAUUUAUAUGACCUUUCUUUCAUCUAUCUUUAUACAUAACUUAUCGUUGUUCGAUGUUUGCCAUUUGGUGAUGUGAUAAUCUACCAGUCCUUAAAACGCUUGGUUUUGGAUCAACUUUAUUCUUUCACGUAGAUUACUGUUUGUGAAACUCGAGUUACCUUACCAAAAAAUUAUCGGUGCAAUUUUUUUA